AUGGUUAAUUCACUACUUGCUAUAUUAUUAGUCGUUAACUCGAGAAGUGGAAGUGGUCACAAUUUUGUUUUCCAUUAUCCUAAAACUCCUCAAAGACGUGAUGAAAUAGAACAAUCAAUCCAUAAUGAUACAAUUUCUUGGCCUUACGGACUUUCAGAUGACAUUGACACAAGAUCUUUAAAAUCAAAAGUUGAAGAAGAUGUUGAAGAAAAUGAUUUCAACAACAACAGCAGCUGCAGCGAAACAAAUCAAGAAAAUUACGAUGAUGCAUUAAUUGAACAAUUAUCUAUAAUAUCAAAUCAUUCCUUUGAUGAUAUAGAAUCCGAAGUUUCUUCUCAUUAUAAUCUAACAUUUUUUCAUCUUAUAUUUGUACUUGAGCCACCUGAAUUAGAACUUUGUAGACAAGUAGACAAUAUCUAUAAUAAUUUAAUUACAAAACUUACAGCUGCUCUACAUUAUGAACAACUUAGAUGUGGAUAUGUUAGCAAAGAAUCAGAAUUGAUUUUAUCAUUUAGAGAUUACUCAGAUAUUAGAACAAAGGAUGAUUUGAUGAACAUUAUUUUACAAAAGAGUUCUUUGGCUAAAACAAUCAAACAAGUUUAUGAUGCAAUAUCAACAGAUUCAAUAGCACAUGUUUUAGUCAAUGAUUACAUUGACCUCUCAUUACAAAUUCCUCCUCUUGUUCCAACAACUUUUAUUAAUUCUUCUGAUAAUGAUUUACAUGGCUACGAAUAUGCUCAUUACCCUGUUAUUGCUCCAUAUCAUACAUUAUUGCUGUUAGAAGACGCUGAAGAAUUAUUGAAAAAUAUGCCUUUAGAUGCUAAUCCUACUCUGGUAAAUCUGGUACAAAUAUUGACACCCACACAACGUUUAGCAGAUCUAUGUACUUUAUUAGAUUGUUCUUUAGCACAAAUUUUUAGACUUGCGGCUCAUUUAAUAUUUUGGAGGAAAGCAAAAAUAAUUGAUGUAAUUAAUGUACGAAAUGUUUAUGUUGUUUCACCUACAGCAGAUAUGAAUUCGCAACACUUUCCAGCUUUGGAUCUAGUGACAAUUCUUGCAUCACUUUCUACUCAAAAACCUUAUUUUUUAAGUGCCGUAAUCACAUCGAAAGAACAUCGCACAAUGUAUCUUGAAGCUAUAACUUACCUAUUAAGAAAGGAUCUUGUGGUGCAAUUACACGCUUAUAUUUUUGUAAUGGUUCCACAAUAUGUAAAUACUGAAGAAGAAAAUCAAGAAAAAUUGAGAAUGUCCAAUGUUAUUGAUGAUAAUAAUAAUAAUGGUGCUGAAAUUGGAAUUGUCAAUGGUGAUUCUCAGGUUAAUCACAGUGACAACAGCAAUAAUAUAAAUACUUCACCUAGAACCAAUUCAACUGAUCCUGUAGUAUUAAUAUCACCUUAUGAAAAAGCAUGUGAUAGUGAAAGAGAAUGGUUAAACAAAUUGGUGAUUAAUCAACCAAAAGAGACUGCAAAUCUUUUUGAAAGGUUAAUAAAAUAUUUUAAUGGAAAACAUCAUAUCGAAGAAAUCCUUUUUCGUGAAAGUAUCAAACCAAAAGAUUUAGCUGGAUUAUUCGAAAAUGCCUCUAGUAAGUAG